AUGCUGCAGCUAUAUUUCACAUCGGCGAGAUUCAGAUCAUAUAUCCCCGAUUGGAUAACCGUUAUCAUUCUAAUAUUCAUCUUUUUCCAAGUUGUUGAACACUGGGAGCCAUUUCAUCGUCAGUUUUACAUUAAUGAUUCUAAAUUAUUACAUCCAUUUGCUACGGAGCAACGAGUUACAGAUAAUCAACUAUAUGUGUACUCAACACUUAUCCCGGGAAUCAUUAUAUUCAUUACAUCGUUAUUUAUUGCACCAACAAAUGUCGACAAGUUACACCUUAUACAACUUUCACUUCUUGGAUUAUUGUUUAGUGUGUCUUCGGUCUCAGUGCUAACUGAUAUUCUCAAAUGUUGGAUUGGUAAUCCACGUCCUGAUUUUAUUGAACGAUGUGGACCUGAUCCACAAACACCUUUAGACACAUUAGUUGAUAUAAGUGUUUGUACAUCUCCAUUGGGGCCUAUGUAUUUAUUUGAUGGGCUCAAGUCAACACCCCUGGGCCAUUCAUCAAUGGCAUUUGGUGGGUUAUUGUACUUAUCGUUAUGGUACAUUGGUCAAUUUCAAGUUUUCAAAAGAGAAAGACAUAGAAUGGGAUUGUUACUAGUGGCUGCUUUACCGGUACUAUUUGCUGCAUAUAUUGCCCUCAGUCGAACCCAAGACUAUCGUCAUCAUUUCUUUGAUAUUGGGUUUGGAAGUUUAUUGGGAAUCGUGUUUGCUUGGUUUACACAUUGGAAGUAUUUUGGUAAAUUGAUAUCAACCCUGUUAGAUGGAGUACAGACAAGUUAG